AUGCUACGGGGAGCGUUGCUGUGGAAGGUGGUGACCGGGCUGACGGGGGACUGCGGGGACAGGAGCCACCCCGGGUACCGUGUGUACGAGCACAUCGCCGGCUCCGGGCAGAUCUUCCAGCAGGUGACAGAGCGAAUUUACAGAGCGACGGAAACACUUGUGCGGUUAUUCCGCACCCGCACCCGGCCUGCAGAGCUGCUGAGGGGUCUCGCCGGGGGACCGUGCAGCCAGGGCUUGCAGGAGAUUCACAUCGAUGAGAAAACCGUCAGCCCUCACCUCAGCCUGUCAGAAGACAGGGAAACCCUGACCUUCAGCCCCAAGAAGGACUGCCCCGAGCGAUUUGACCACUGGCCCAAUGCUUUGGCCACUGUGGCUUUCCACUUGGGAGUCUGCGCGUGGAAGAUCAGCGUGGAGAAGAGCUGCACCUACAAGCUGGGGGUUUGCCACAGCUCCCUGCCGCAGAAGGGGUCUGGCAACAAAGCCCGCCUGGGCUUCAACGCUGCCUCCUGGGUCUUCUUGCACUACGAUGAGUUCGGGUUCCUGCACGCUGGGCACCCGCAGGCGGUGGAGCUGAUCAUGUCUCCGGCUGAGAUCAGGGUGCUGGUUGACUUUGCAGGAGGUGAGAUUCCUGCCAUCCUCUUCUCCCACAGGCAGACCUUCGUGGAGCCGCUCGAUCCCGUCUUUGCUGUGGUACACCAGAGCAUCUCGCUCGUCCGGUGA